AUGAUUAUACGAAACAUAAUUAUUAUCGAUUUAUGGAUAUUUUUAAUUUUUUGCAAAAAUACUACUGUAGAUUUAUCAGAAAUUGAAGAAGACUGCAGGUUGGGUUUAUCCCAAGCCGGAAUUUUUCAAACGAAUUUUUUACAGUUCAUCAAAAGACGUGGAUAGUUUUUGUCCAUCGUUUCCAGAUCCAAUUUCAAACCAAUCAUUUGGAGAGAAUAUCAAUUCUGUAUGCGAUGUCAGAAAUUCUACGGUAAUGUUUUCUUUUUUUUUCUUUUUUUUUGAAUAUUUUUUCUAAACAUAUAUUUUUUCAGAUUUUCAAUAAAUGUUUAUUCCCAAGUUUCUCCUGUGUUCGAAUUCAAGUUUCACUGGAUUUAUAUAUUUUUGGAUGUAUGGAGGUUGAUCAGCGAGGUUCUGUUCGUCCUGUUGUUUUUGAAUCCGAUAAUUCAAUCAAAACUGAUGACACAAAUUCAAUUGCUGUUUCAAAGUUAGAAAAGUUUAAAAACAUAAGGAUUAUUCAAAAAAUUAGUAAAUUUUCAGAUCAUGUCCUGAAAAACGUCCAAAUAAUUCAAAUACAUUUCAAACGAUGGUGACUUUUGAGAACCGAUCUUUUUUAUCCAAUAUUUCUUGUUGUUAUAUAAAUUGCACGAGGAACUAUAGCUUUGAUGUGACAAGUUUUCUGGAGCAAAAUGAACCAAAGCAUGUGAGUUUAAAGUGGUUUUUUAUGAACAAAUCAAUAUAAUUUUUCAGGGUCUUCAUGCAGUUUUUCGAACUCCUAUUGUUCAAUCAAUAAUCACAGCUCUUCUUAUCAUUAUUUGCAGUUGUCAUAUUUAUGAAAAACUUAAGCAAAGAAUGACAAUGAAAGCUUUGUUGAAAUUGAGACAGUGAGAAUUUUCUGAACUGAAGGUUUUUUCAAAAACAAUUUUUUAGCAGACGAAAAAAGAAACGAGAUGAAUUUGCAUCGGAAAGCGAUAAAACGCAAACGGAAAAAGAGAAAAAAUCAAUUGUUCCCAAAUGUUUUCGAAGGAAAAAGGAUUUGACGAAAAAAGACAAAGAGAAAGGUUUCGAAUUUUUGUUGCCUCAUAAACAAGUUUGA